AUUUUUUAUUUGUAAUCAUUUUGUCAAUCUUCACCCAUUAUUUUUUUUAUCAGACCCAAGGGUAGACAACUGGUUCAUGAUGAGCUCUCCAAUGCCCAGCUUCAUCAUCUCCAUGGCCUACUUCAUCUUUGUGCUGAUGUCUCCGACCUUCAUGAAGAAUCGCAAACCGGUGAAGAUGAAGCCUGUGCUCAUUGUCUAUAAUCUCGCCUUGGUUGCUUUAUCAGGCUACAUGUUCUAUGAGUUCCUCAUGGCAGGUUGGUUGACAGGGUACAGCCUAGGGUGUCAGCCCGUCGAUUACUCCAACUCUCCAAAGGCCCUUAGGAUGGCCCGAGUGUGCUGGCUGUGUUACAUGUCAAAGUUCAUUGAACUUCUCGACACGGUGUUUUUCAUCAUGAGGAAGAAAUUCAACCAGGUGUCGUUCCUGCAUGUGUUUCACCACGGCAUCCUGCCUGUCUCCUGGUGGUUCGGAGUCAAACUUGUGCCAGGUAGGGAGGGACAGGUGGCCACUUGUCUUGUGUCUGUCAGUACACGUCUGUGUGUGUGUGUGUGUGCGUGUGUGUGUGUGUACGUGUGUGUGUGUGCGUGUGUGUGGGGGGUGGGGGUGGGUGGAUGUGUGUGUGUACGCCCGUGUGAAUUUGUGAAAAUGAAUAGUGGAACACCAAACCAAUGUGCCAGAUCUGGACAAUAAAGAUGUAUCUUAUAAAUCUACUUACUUAGUGUCUCCCCUGCCAUGUCAAAGUCAAACGCAUAGACUUUGAGAGGUAUCGAGUCAAUGUAGUACAUAAUAUAUUCAUUUUUUAAGGCAUAAAUUGUAAAGUACUUAUGAAAAAACAAACUAGCA